AAUUUCGAUUUUAAUGCGUAAACAUAACACCAGUAGGACCCACUUUUCUGCACCAAAACAAUUAUCAGCGACAUUGCUCAAAACGGAACACAAACAUAAAAACAAACGCAUUUCUCCUUCCACCUUCUUCCUUCCGUUUCUUCACUCAAUGCUCCUCAUCUAGGGUUUCUCUUUUUCCCCUUUCUUCAUCCUUCAACCAUUUUCUUCCACUUCCUGGGUUUCAAGUAUCAUGUAGAUUGUAUAAGAGUGUGAUUCUUUGGAUUCACUUUGGGAAUUGGAUUUUAUUGUAUCUUGAGUUAGGGUGCUGAUUUUUCUUAUAAUGGGUUCAUUAUCUGGCACUGGUGAAAUAGUUGAAGCUGAUAUAAGGAUUUGCCAGUCCGAUUCUCAGUUCAAAAUAUCUGAGAAAAAUAACAAGCCUUUGGUAGUGAAUUUGGGAUAUAAGGAUAAUAUAUAUGAUGAUAUUAACAAGCUGUUUGAAUCAAUUGCUCUUAAAUCUUCUUUGCCGACAGAUUUGAGUAUUUCACAAGAUGGUACUAUGAGUCAUAAGCUGAAAAAGACGUUAAAACAGCCUAUGACAGUGGGUGUUCCUCGGUCGCCACGAGUUGGGAGUUCUGAGAAUGUUAAUUUGAAGCAGGCGUUAAGAGAACUUUGUAUAUCUAAGGCAUCGGAAGUGGCUGCCAUGAAGAGGUUAUCAAAGUCGACAGCUUCUCCGAGAGUUUCGGAGGUUGGGAGGAUACAAACAUUGUACAGUUCAGUUGUAGAUGAAGCUGGUUAUUCUGGGCCUUAUGUUUCUGAGGGUAAAAUGCCAGAAAAAAGCAAGUCACCUUCCUUAAAUAAAAUAUCUCAAUCGAUCCAAGCCAUUAAUUCUGCUAGGGAAAUUGGUGUUACAGCUACUCAACUUGUUUCCGGGAGUUCAUCGAUUCAAAGUGAUUCAACAUGUUCGUCUAGUAAAGUUGGGUUUCAAUCACAGCGUGUUGUACCUGUUCAACCAGAAAAACAAACCUCAGCAUCUUCUCCGUCUACUUGUGUGUCAAAUACUGGACGGAAAAGUAGGUUGCAAACAACAUCUUCUUCGUCUACUUCUGUAGAGGGCAACACAGUUAAAAAACUGCCACACCGUGCCCCUCGCACAGUCAAAAUGGUCAUCAAGAACAAGAAUGUGAGCAAGAAGAAAGUGAAGGAGGGUUUAAAUUCUGCAUUAUGUGAUCCUGCGUCAAAUGAAGUUAGGAAGUCUGUUCCUGGCACAGAUGGGCUGGUUUGUGAAAAAUGUAGGUGUGCUUUGGAAAAUACUAGGGAAGAUGAAAGCAAAGAGAUUACGGCCUUGGAUUCUACUAGUCUUGGAACUGGAGUGAAAUCGAGUAAUGUGCACUCUGGUUUAAAUAAAACAGGUUUGGCAUCAACUAGUGGUAAAAUAAGCAAAGCAGUUGCGAAGGUGGAGAAGAUUCAGAAGAGCACCAAGUUGAAAGAGCAGUUUGAUUUUUCACAAAGCUCGAAGAGUAGCCAAGGUGAGUACAGUAGUAGUACUAGUACCAGUGACGAGAGCAACAUGAGUGGCUCAAGUUGCAGCACUAGGCCUCACAUGUCAAAGGAUGUUCGGUGGGAAGCCAUUCGACACGCUCAAAUGCAGCAAGGAGUCUUGAGCUUGAAGCAUUUCAAUCUUUUGAAAAAACUUGGUUGUGGAGACAUCGGGACUGUAUAUCUUGCUGAACUAAUUGGCACAAGUUGCUUGUUUGCUAUUAAGGUCAUGGACAUUGAAUUUUUGGCAAGAAGGAAGAAAAUGCCCAGGGCUCAAACUGAAAGAGAAAUAUUAAGGAUGCUUGACCAUCCAUUUCUUCCCACAUUGUAUGUGCAAUUCACAUCAGAUAAUCUCUCAUGUUUAGUCAUGGAGUAUUGUCCAGGUGGAGAUCUUCAUGUUCUACGGCAGAAGCAGCUUGGUAGAUGUUUUUCGGAACUAGCAGCAAGGUUUUAUGUCGCUGAAGUCCUCCUUGCUUUGGAGUACUUACACAUGCUUGGAGUUGUUUACCGUGAUCUGAAACCCGAAAACAUUCUUGUUCGAGAAGACGGUCACAUUAUGCUCACUGAUUUUGAUCUGUCGCUGAGGUGUGCUGUUAGCCCAACACUUCUGAAGUCGUCUUCUGAUGUUGACCCUGCAAAAGUUUCUGGUCUUAGUGCACAAUCAAGUUGCAUUGAACCAUUAUGCAUUGAACCGUCUUGUCAAGUUUCAUGCUUCAGCCCUAGAUUCCUACCUGCUGCUGCAAAAGCAAGGAAAUUAAAAGCUGAUGCUAUUGCCCAUGUCAGAUCACUGCCGCAACUUGUGGCUGAGCCCACUGAUGCAAGAUCAAACUCAUUUGUUGGUACACACGAAUACUUGGCGCCUGAGAUCAUCAAAGAAGAGGGACACGGAGCUGCAGUUGACUGGUGGACAUUUGGUGUCUUUCUUUAUGAGCUUUUAUAUGGUAGAACACCAUUUAAAGGUUAUAACAAUGAAGAAACAUUAGCAAAUGUGGUGUCUCAAAGUCUUAGCUUCCCUGAUGAUCCACUUGUCAAUUUUGAAGCUAAGGAUCUGAUUAGAGGGUUGUUAGUUAAAGAGCCUGAAAACCGUUUGGGUUCAGAGAGAGGGGCUGCUGAGAUUAAAAAACAUCCCUUCUUUGAGGGUCUUAACUGGGCCUUAAUUCGUUGCGCUAUCCCACCAGAACUUCCGGAGUUUUGUGAUUUUGGAGUUCUAGACACAGCAUCACAAGGCAAGGGUAGUAAGUAUUUAGAGUAUAAUGAAGGAGAGCACGUGGAGUUCGAAUUGUUUUAAAGACACUGCUUGCUCUUGAGAGUGACAUAUUUGGAGAUGUAACUUAUAUGCAAGCCUAUUAGCAAAUUAGUGUUGACUUUAUCACUUUCAAUGUAACAUGUAGAAACUAGGAAGUUAAGGUCUACAGCAACUUUUAAGUUAUUAAGAGCAAAUAUUGAGAAUAAAAAAAAUCUAUUUGCUCAUGUCCAGAGGACAGAACAAGAUGUUGGCCAUAUAGAUGAAUGAUGCAAAUGCUUACUCAAAUUUAA